GUCGGUGGCGGUCCUCAGCAGCUACCGGCAUCCGUGAAUCCCUUCGUCACCGCCACAUACGCGCAGCACGCGACGUAUGGUGGACAGCGGGUGCCUACAGCUUCAUCUCCAGCAAACACUAACAGCAGCUCCAGUAGUGCCACCGGCAGUCAAAGCGGGACAAUGAGCACGAAUCUCAGCAACAAUGCCAUGCAGGGUCAACAAGCAGAGCAGCUGUCUAAAACGAAUCUAUACAUCCGUGGCCUCAACCAGAAUACGACUGACAAAGACCUCGUUAACAUGUGUUCUCAGUACGGAACUAUAACUUCCACCAAGGCGAUUUUAGACAAAAAUACAAACAAAUGUAAAGGUUACGGAUUUGUAGACUUCGAGUCACCGAUGGCGGCAGAGGGUGCUGUGAAAGCACUGGUCGCCAAGGGCAUCCAAGCGCAGAUGGCGAAAGUGGGUAUCUGGUUGCUCCGUAGACUGGACAGUCAACAGGAGCAGGAUCCCACUAAUCUGUACAUCGCCAAUCUGCCGCUGACCUUCAAAGAGAACGACGUCGAGGCAUUACUGGCUCAAUACGGACAAGUUAUCUCUACCCGUAUCCUGCGCGACACUUCCGGCCAGAGCAAAGGAGUUGGAUUCGCAAGAAUGGAAUCCAAAGAGAAAUGUGAACAAAUUAUACAAAUGUUUAAUGGAAAGGCACUAACAGGCGCAAAGGAUCCAUUAUUAGUUAAGUUCGCUGAUGGCGGAAACAAAAAGAAAUCAUUGUUUAAGAGUACAAUAUGGAGAGAGACUGGAGAGAAUAUGACUUUGAACUACGACACGAGCGGCGUUGGUCAGAACGGCGUUGCUACGACUCACAUGCUUCCCACGACAGCUCUUACACAGUACAGUGGUCACUACAGUCAGGCAUUGCCUGGUUACAGUGUGCCGGGUACUCCUUGGGUGGCUCCUUACCUCGUGCACCCUUCCCCGCCACAUAUGCAACAGGUCGACAUGAUACCAUCGGCUGAUCCUAGUAAUCCACAAUACAGUAUGAUUCCUCAGCUUACCACGCAAAUGUCUACUUUGCAUCUUGGCACUGGUUCCUACAUAGCGAGCCCGCAUCCCUAUCCUUAUACAACUUAUCCUGCUCCUAGCAUUAUUCACACUAUGCCACUGGGCGAAUCGGAGCAGACGAGUAACGCAGCGUCCCCCGAUGACUCCUAUCAGCAGUACCAGGCUCAACAGCCUAAGUAGGCCACGGUUUAUAAUAGAUGUACGAUCGCGCUAAGGGUUACGUGAAUUAGGAAAGGCUUACUGAUUGACUUAUGAAGAUAUGCUUAGAAGGAAGGCAACAAAUACGAAAGCGGAUUACACUAAGAAGAAUAGAUUUGAAACAAAAACUACAUUACGUAACAAAUAAGAUUUUUCCUCACGAUAAAUUGAUUUGCCAGCGUUUUUAUACGUUUUAUCCAACAGUAAAUAGAGGAAAGUAGAUGAUAUUUUGCAAUGAGUAGACAGAGUGAAUGUUGAAAGAAUGUGUAGGAGCGAGAGGAAAUGAGCGAGCGAGAGAAAGAUUAGGAAGUACAGGAAGUUGAGUACGAGAACGAUUACGUGUCGUCCGCGUUGAAUGGCACGUGCUUCCAUACUAGUUAUGGCUCCAUUAAAGCUACGUGAUGGUAACACGUACACUCUCAUGUACACAUAUACAGAGAGAGGCGAAGAGAGAGAGAGAGAGAAAGAAAGAAAGAGACAUCAUAUACGACAGUAACGAAAAAACCAAGUUAUUUACGAAGAACAAUUUAGUGUCAAGCUAAUAGGCUUCCAUGAUGUAACUUUAGGUAUUAUGUUUACUACGGACAGAUGACAGAAGCUAAUCGAAUCUAAUCUCGAGAGCUCGACAGUAUGGAUAAGUAUUUUAAUGAGUGAGAGCGAAAGAGAGAGAAUGUGUGUGUGGAUGUGUUAACUAUAAAGAAAAACGAGGAAAGAAGAAGAAAAAGUAAUGCUCAGAAAUAUACAAAGAAUUCUUCCCGAGGAAAUAAUAGUAAAUAAUAAUAAUAUACAGAAAGAACAAAAAAGGGAAGAGAGAGAGAGAGAAAAGAAGGAAGCGAGUGAGAGAGAAAAUGUGUGAAAGAGAGAAGAGAGGAUGCACUACUUCCAGGACGAUAUUGAGGGAAGAAAUUCAGAGAUUCAAAAAAGGAGAUGUUUAUUCGAAACGCGCGCGCGCGCGCGCGAAGAUGUCUACGAUGU